AUGACCGGCACUAAUGCAUACUUUUUCUUACUGUCCAUCAAAUGGCUGAACUUCGGCCGACGACUACUGGAGUUCCAGUUCCCUUCCCGCGAGGAUACCAGUCCUCAAGCCUUACAACAGAUCGAAGAGGUGAUGGUCUACACGUACACCAAAUACAUGGACUUAAUGGACACCAUAUUCUUCGUGUUACGCAAAAAGGAGUCUCACCUGACAUUCCUGCACCUCUACCACCACUUCAUGGUCCCCAUACUGACCUGGCUGACUAUGAAGUUUGCGCCUACCUGUCCACCAAUAGCCAUCUUUGCGCUACUCAACACACCCGUCCACACAAUGAUGUACUCGUAUUACGCGUUGUCGGCGUUGGGACCGACUGUCCACCGGUUCUUGUGGUGGAAACGGUAUAUAACUGUCGCACAGAUCCUACAGUUUGUCCUAUUCUUGUCGUACGCCAUAAUCAGUGCUUUUCUGAGUACAGGCUAUCCAUCGGUUAUCUAUUAG